AUGAGUUCCAGUACCAGCUUUGCCGACACCCUCAGCCCUGGGACAAAUGGUACGAAUGCCUCCCGUAGGUCCACCUCAACCGUGCGAUCACGCCCUCGCCGCUUGGUAUCGUUCACCGACGAUGAAAGUGAUAAUGGAAGGCAGUUGGAGCCCUCCGGGUUGUCCACCACCCUGUCCUCGGAUCUCCCAGUACCUCGAUCUCGUGGUACCACCCCGUCACCCUACACAUCCCGCGGAGUUUCGCCAAUGCCCAUGAGACAUCCUUCCCGAGUCACAUCUUCGCCUGGCCGCGGAGCGAGUAGCUCGUUAGGCGGGUUCAGCUAUACUGGAAAGAAUCAAGUCAACUUCGCGGAGUCGUCGCGAGCUGCCGUUGACUUUCUAGAUGCGUCUUGGUCAUCGUUACAGAGCUUGGCCUCAUCGGUUUUGGGAAGUGAUACUGCACGGCCCGCCACCAAUGGAACGCCACGGACACACGCGAGGAAGCCUUCACGCCCCGAUUCGUACAUGGGGAACCCAUCGCGAACUUUGACACCCUCGUCGUGGGGACCGGCAGCUCCAUCUACCUCCGCAAUUGGCGCUGGAACUAAGGAAGAACGGCAAGCAUUUGUACAGGCUAAGAAAAGAGAAGCAUUGCUACUGGCGGAUACAGAGAUGAAUGGAAAUAUCAAUACGAAACACAAACGACGCGAUUCUAGUGAUCGGACGGGCCAGUUGAUAGUAGGUUCGAACCUGGACGAGGAAGCUCUGGCGUACGUACAUCAUGUCCAGCCGACGGACAGUAUAACGGGGGUAACGAUACGCUACGGUUGUCAGCCUGCGAUAUUCCGGAAGGCGAAUGGCUUUUGGCCCAGUGAUAGUAUUCAAGGUCGGAAGACAGUUCUUCUACCAGUCGAUUCUUGCUCAGUCAAAGGACGACCCAUUCGGCAUGAUUUAAACCUGGUGCAUGCUGAGAGUUCCAGACGCGACUCUCUGGAAGAUCCAACUGGGAGCUCAAUAGCUCCGAGUUCGAUUUCAGGGCCUCGCGAUCAACCUGAAGCAAUCCCGGACGCUCCUUCAGAGAUGGAAGCUGACCAAAUAUGGAAACACGAGUCCUGGGUCCAGAUCGAUGGCUUCUCUGCGCCUGUCGAGAUUGGACGCGUUCCACGCAGGGCGUUAGGAUUCUUUCCGCGCUCAAAACGGAAAUCUAUUUCCUAUACUGACUCUGAGAGUCCUUCGUUCUCUGGACGCGAGAGAACCCCAACAUUAUCCUCGACUUCAUCCACCAUUGAACCUCAAUCCUCACGCGUUACAUCUAUAUCUGGAAAUAGACCUCACGCGGAUUCGGCAGGGUCACAAACAUCAGCUAAAUCUAAGCCUGCCGUGCGCCAUCAACGUCAACGCAGCAAUAUACAAUUAGCUGCGCCGGGAGUUGGCACCCUUGAUCGUGAUGCAAUGGCUCCUGGGCCGGCUCUCGACGGUCUGAGUAAAUUCUUUGCCCAGCAUCUACCGAACCUUGCCCCCGCUCCUACUCCUCCGAAAUUUCAAGACUCCAUGGAGUACACUUCAAAUUCUGUGUCCAACGCUCCCACUGGCUUGGACAAUAUAGGCGGUGCAGUCGAGGGCUGGGUCAGGAAGAUGACCAGCCGAGCCAAGGCUGGGUUUAAUGAACUGCAGCAAAGCACGCAAGGCCACCAAAUGAAUGGCACAGCUCAUCGACCUGCGACACGAGGGGCGGGAGACCUGAUUGAGCUUAAUGACGGAUUAGAAUCUCGUGACACGCCAAAGAUACUGCGGCCCGAGUACAACCGAUCUGGAACAAGUCUUCACGACGGUAGCUCAGUGAGAGGCCGUUUCCAUAGUCCUUCGGCAGGGACGAGCAGGACUCGUACUCCUGGGGACAGGUUCAAGGACGAUUGA